UGGAACUCGUGCGCGGACCAGAUCAUUCGCGAUGCUUGUGAGAUUGCCUUGAACCGGCCUAUUGGACCGACGUUCACCUCUAGUGUGUACAAGACUGCACCAACGUCAACGACUACCGUGACGCGCACGCGCAGCAGUGUCAUCCCGGUGGUUGUCACUUCGACCAGCACAACGACCACCACCCUGGCUUCGACGGUGUUAGAUCCGACAGUAACCAUGACGACCGUGACCUUUACGCCAACCGCAACCGCCACUGCCUCAACUGUGGUCUUCACUACCAUGGUCUCAACAUCGACCAUCACAUCCGCAACCAUUGUUUCUACAAGCACGGUAACAAGCACAACCAUCUCCUACUCUACCACGUAUUCCGGGUCACAAGCUGUGCAAACCAGUGUCGGCGGUCAGUCGAGCUUUACUCCUUCACCAGGCUCUCAAUAUCUUGUCUGCUCCGGCUAUUAUCCGAUUGUCAUUGCUGGUGCCAGCGGAGGUAAUCGUACAUUCGCGGACGACGGUACCCAGGCUGCUGUACCGGUAUACACUGGAGGAAAGGCUGUGAUAAUCAGCGCCGUUGUUUACCUCGAAGCUUACGCCGGGAAUGAUGCCUCCGUACAAGCUCCGAAUUACCAGUUUGUACCUGGCACCACCGGACAGAGUGGCGGAGCUGGGGGUGGUGGAGGAGCCAGUAACGUGUUCUUCACGACCUCACAAGGCCAGGAUUCAGUGCAGGUCAUCGUCGCCGGCGGAGGUGGAGGUGCAGGAUGGAACAACAAUGGUGGUGAUGCUAGUCUGACCCUCCAGGGUGGAUCCAGUACUGGCGCGGGUCCCACGCAGGCGGGCGGGCAGUCCACCUCAGGGGUUCAAGGAACGACUGAUGACACCGAUUACUACUGCGGCGGAGGCGGAGGGGGCGCCACGACGGACGAUAGCAACCGUAGCAACGACAAUCAAGGGGACGGCGAAGCGUCGUCCGGAAUCGAUGACCUGACCGGAGGCACGCCGGCAUUUCCCCCUUAUCAGAACGCCGGGAGCGAUGGAGGGGGCAACGGAGGGGGUGCCGGAGGCUCCUAUACGACCGCCUGUCCAGCCGGAAGCAGUCUUCAGUUCCCUCCAGGAUCUGAUGGCAAUGACUGUCAACCUUGUCCGGGAGGCGGAGGUGGUGGUGGUGAGUCUUGCUUUUGUCUUCAUUGGAACCCGAGCCCGAAUUUUAAUCCCGUUUAGGCUUCAACGGAGGAGGAGGCGGCCUGGGUGGGCAGGUUCUAUCCUCCGAAUCUCAAACUCCGUCCCCCUCAAAUGACAACAAUCCAGUUAAAUACAUCCUAACGCCGUAUGGUCAAGGCGGUGGCGGAGGCGGAUCAUAUCUCGCGGCAGGCAACACACUUGUGUCGUCAUCGUCGAGCUGGCUUGGUCCGGGAUUCAUCUCCCUGGGGAUUGGCUAUAACUGAAACUCUGGCCAAUCCAUUUUGAGUUCCAGCGUAGGGGUUGUCUUUGAGACUGGGGUUUGCAAUAUGCAUGAG